GUGACCAAGAGCCGCCUAGAGCAUAAGUCCUGCUAGUCUCCUCUGUCUGGGUACCAGCCCCUAUUACUCUGCAGGCUUGGAAGGGAGAAGGAAACUAGCUCGGGCCAUGCAGGUUUGUAGGUCUAUUGGCCUGUAGGUCGCGGCGCAGAUCUUGGCGAGAGAAGGAGCAAACUGCCUUAGUUGGAACCGUGCCGUGCAGGGAAAGGGGUGUGGCGGCUUUUGCUGGGGAAAUGGCGGAUGACCAGGGGGCGGGGGAAGCCCGCACGAGGAGUCAGAAAAGUAUUCUUCAUAACAGACCAACAGGAGCCUGGAAGAGGCUGAAAACUACUACCCUCCACCAAUACUCACCCUGGCACUAAAGGUCCUCUUCAGUCAGGUGGAGCAAGGUCCUUUCUUAUCCUCCUCCAAGGUUGACAUAGACUUGAGCAUGGGCCGGGCACGGGAAGUGGGUUGGAUGGCAGCAGGACUGAUGAUUGGGGCUGGUGCCUGCUACUGCGUUUACAAACUGACGGUAGGAAGAGGUGACAGCGAGAAGUUGGAGGAGGAGGAGGAAGAGGAAUGGGAUGAUGACCAGGAGCUGGACGAGGAGGAGCCGGAUAUUUGGUUUGAUUUCACAACUAUGACUCGGCCGUGGAAUGAGGACGGAGAUUGGACAGAGCCUGGAGCCCCAGGUGGCACUGAGGACAGGCCUUCAGGGGGAGGAAAGGCCAAUCGAGCACACCCAAUAAAACAGAGGCCGUUCCCCUAUGAACAUAAAAAUACUUGGAGUGCUCAACACUUUAAAAAUGUCAGUUAUAUUCUUGACCCGUCCAAGUGUCUCCUCAUUCAGGGAAACCUGUUGUUUGUCGAGCCCAGGAAUGCAGGAUUUUCAUUUGGCCACAAUAUCAGUAGUCAUUUGGCCAGCCUCUCAAUGGUGGGAAUCACCAUCCCCACUCCUGACCCUGCUGUCAGAGAGGCUUUGUGUGCCCCAGCUAACGUGAAUGCGGGUAUUGAAAGUCAGGGCCAGAUUAAGAUGUACAUCAGUGAAGUGUGUCGGGAGCCUGUGUCACGUUGCUGCAACUCAUUUCUGCAGCAGGCCGGAUUAAAUUUGUUAAUAAGCGUGACAGUUAUUAAUAACAUGCUUGCCAAGUCCGUUUCAGACUUGAAGUUUCCUUUGAUAUCAGAGGGAAGUGGAUGUGCUGAGAUUCAGGUUUUGAAACCGCUGAUGGGUUUGUCUGAAAAGCCAGUCUUGGCGGGGGAGUUGCUUGGUGCCCAAAUGCUCUUCUCUUUCAUGUCCCUCCUCAUCAGAAACGGAAACAGAGAGAUACUCCUGGAAGCCCUGGCCCCUUAAAUGGCCGUCUCCAGCAGAAUGGGACUGAAUCCACCCCAAACCUGCUUGGUUUGCAGAUGUCAAAGAUUCUGCAGAGGGUGCAACUGAAGGGCCAGCCUUAGCCAGUCACCACAUCAUUGGGUGAAAGUUUCAGUGUUCAGUCGAGGACCACACUCUUAUUGGCCAGGCAGGGGCUCCCACAGAGCUCUGAGUAACUUGUUGGUUUUGCAGCCUGCAGGCAACGUGCUAUGUAAACUCCUCCCUUGCAGCCUCCUUCCUGUGGUGAAGGGAUCCCUUCGGCCGCCUGCUGUGGAUAAAGAACAUCCAAUUACAGCAUCGCGGGUGCCGUGGUUGCCUGUGGUGGUCUCCCUGUCUAAGCGGGACCACUUUGCAGAGACCAGACGCAUAUCGGAGCUUGAGCUGAAAAUGCAUUUGUUGCAGCUUAGGUUGAAUUAUGUUUCAUUUACUCUUCUACACGAGCUGAUGGAUGGUGAACCUAUUCAUCAAAAAGUACACUCUUCUUCUGUCUAUUGUACUGACUUAACCUCUUCCACCUGAGUCCGCCUCUGUGUGUAUCAUCAAUAAAGUUGUGUGCUUUGAUUGGCAAAA